GUGGCAAAUUCGAUCAGCAGAAUAGAAACCUCAAGCGGAGGAAAGAGUAGGAGAAAUAAAUGCUAAUCGGAAUUGAGAGAGAAGAAAAGAGUUUCGGAGGAGAGAGAGAGAGAAAGAGAGAUGUGUUUGGAUUGUGGAAUAAUUGGUUAACGGAAUCAUUGAAUGAGAAAUUGAGUUUGAUUUAGAAAUGAAGGAAGACGGAGGUGAUCGGAACGAAGAGAAAGCACAUGAUAUCAAGCUUUGGGGAGUUUUCCUCUUCGGCUUGAUUAGCGCCACCGUUAUCACCUUCUCUAUGUCCAGAUCGCAGUCUUCGUGGAAAGGAGGGAGUGGAAGUUCUUUCCGAUCAGCUUUUCAAGAAGAAGCAUGGAAGAGGUACAAUAAGCGAUUACAAGAGGAGUACGAGGAGGAGAUGGAGAGAGUGGAACGAAUAAGGCGGAUGCAAAGUGUGUUUAAUAGAGAAAGGGAUAAGUAUAGAAGAAGCUAUGAGAGCUGGACGGAAAAUGGUCACGGUGCAUAUCAACAGAAUUUCCAAAGAGAUGAUUGGUAUUGGAAGGCCGAAGCAUCCUUCAGAGAGCACUGGGCCAAUUAUCAACACACUCCAAGACAGAGUGGAAACUAUUCCUUAUCACAUCACUACUCUGUUUUGGGUCUUGACAGGUUUAGGACAACGCCAUAUACAGAUGCUGAGAUUAAGACAGCAUUUAGGACCAAGGCAAAGCAGUAUCAUCCUGACCAGAACCAAGAUAAUAGAGAGGCUGCUGAGGCUAAGUUCAAAGAAGUAAUUUGUUCAUAUGAGGCCAUACAAAAGGAAAGAAAGAACCAGAAUCUGUAAUUGCCCAACUCUGCCCGACAAUCCUGGAACCUUGAAGGAUGCGAGGCAAUUAAGGAUGCUCGUUGGGCGAUGACAAUGCAAGAGGAGUUCCAAGCACUUCAAGAGAAUUUCACAUGAGACAUUGUUUCUUGCCCACCUAAUGUGAAGCCCAUUAGUUGCAAGUGGAUGUGUUCUGUGAAAUUGAAUUCUGAUGGCGAUCUUAAUUGUUACAAGGCUCAGUUGGUUGCUUUGGGUAACAAACAACAGUAUGGAGUGAAUUAUGAUGAGAUAUUUGCCCUCGUAGUAAAUAUGACUACCAUUAGAACAAUCCUUUCUCUUGGUGUCUCUUAACAAUGGCAACUUCACUAAAUAGAUGUGAAGAAUAUCUUCCUUCAUGGUGAUUUGAUUGAAGAUAUUUAUGAGUCCUCUUCAAGACUUGUUUUCUUCCUCUUCCUCUACCAAUGUAUGCAAGUUUAAACGCUUUUUAUAUAGUCUACGACAGGCUCCUCGAGCAUGGUUCAAAAAGUUUUGAUCCACUCUUCUUGGAUUCUCCUUUGCUCAUAGUGAAUAAAAUUCUUCCUUAUUCAUUCAUCAU